GCCUGAAUGAAUGAAGUUUAUAAGAAAUGUCCUUUUUUGGAGUUUUGCUUUAUGUUGUUGCUGUUUUUAUUUCUGGAGCCUUUGAAAAGGCUCUAACAGCAGUGAUCCAAACACAGCAGACUGUGCUGGCAGCAGUGGGAGAAGAUGCUGAAUUCAGCUGUCAGCUCUUGGAGACUAAAGAUGUCCUUCAGGUCACAUGGCAGAAAAUCUCACAUGAUGUGGAGACAAAUGUUGCCACCUACAGCAAGUUCUAUGGUCAGAGAGUGAAUGAUGGCUUUACAGAUAAAGUUGAGUUUAAACAUACUGGACUACAGAACUGCUCCAUAGUCAUCAGGAAUGUGAUGCAGCAGGAUGAAGGCUGCUAUCACUGUCUUUUUAACACUUAUCCUGAAGGCUCAUUCACAGGUACACCCUGCCUCCAAGUCUAUGAGCUGCAUGAACCUGUUGUUGAUGUCAGAGAGUCAAACUCUACUGAAGAGUGGGUUGUUUCCUGUUCAGCCACUGGUCGACCUGCUCCCACUGUAACACUCAGUGUCUCACAACAAGACCUCAACUUGUCACAGUACAACACUGUCAGUGUGUCCAACACCAACGCUACAUUCACUGUCACCACUACAGCUGUGCUCUCAGGUUCAUGUAAACACAGCACACAGGUGGGAUGUGCAGCACGAGUUCUCUCUGCUCCUCAGAGAGAGGUGACUGUCACGACUCCAGAUGAUGAUGAUGGUUUGGAUGAGAAAUCUAAUCACAUAAAUUUCGGAUCCAGGACUUUAGUCAUUCUAUCCUCUGCUGCGUUGUUGUUUGCCUGUGUUUCUGCACUCAUCUUUGUCUGGCUUAGAAAGAAAUCUCAGAGCAGUCAGUCACAUCGGCCGGUUGAGAUGAAUGACAUGGCUACCUGAAGCUACAAUGAGAGAUACUCAGGAGACCAAAACAUCUUCAGGUAAACAACGUGACAGUCAGCGCAAAAAGCGAAUGCCUGCUGACACCACGUGAUGAUCUGGGGCCUUCAUUUGCACUCAUCCAAGUGACUUCUUCACUUGGAUGAGUGACGAAACGUUUCUCCCACAAAAUGCUACGUCCAGAUGAACAGAAUCAACUUUUGGAGAUUACUUUUUGCUUUUUUAUCAAGAAGAGUGUAUUUUCUAAAACAAUGGUGCUAAUUUGACAAAUAACUGCACUAAAGAAAAUGGUAAUUGUUACAGGGAAAUUGCAGUUUUUAUAUCAUCAUUUUGUGCUAUAUAUUUAUAGCAUGUUUAUUUUAUUUAUUUUUUCACCAGUUUUUAAUGUUGUUAUACAUUUUUAUAUUUGGAAACACGAGACCUUGUUGUCCCUUAAUAAAACAGCACUGAAGUUCUGUUUACAAAGCACUAAAAUGUGUUGCACUGAAACAUUUGCAAACCGUUAAAUAAUAUUAUUGUCCU